GAAGUAACAACUAAGCUUGAUGGUCGAAAACUCUUGUCUCGUAGAUUACGGUGUAUAAAGUUACGCUAUAUAAAGUUGAAAAGAGCCAGAGGGAACUGUGUUGCACUUAAUUGUUUCACUCCGGGACAUGAUCUGAUCGGUUUCACUCUCAUACAAACACAAAGCGGGGUAGGAGACCAUUACGAGCAGGUGUUUAGGAGGGCAGGCUGAAAGAAUUAAAUUCAUCUACCACGGCGAGAGACAUUAAAUACGACAGAUUGCCUUGAGAUCAAUCACUCGCGGCCAUUUUUUCUGUAGCUGAUUUUUUUUUUUGGAUAUUUGGUGAAAAGGAAGCAUCAGGAUACGUGAGGAAGACCAUCUCUAGGUGUCCAUUGGUUGGCAACUGGACAAAAUGGCCGAUAUCCCCAAAGAUAUGAGAGCGGCUCGGCUUGUCGAGUUCAACAAGCCCUACGAGCUUCAAAUGAUCCCGACGCCCCGUGAACUCGGCAAACAUGACCUGUUGGUCAAGGUUGCGGUAGCCUCACUGUGCCAUACCGAUAGUAUGGUCCAAGCCGGGUAUGCGCUUUCCCAAGUCCCUCUGGUUGCCUCACAUGAAGGUACGGGGACUGUAGUUGCGCUGGGCAGUGAGGUCAAAGACUUUACUGUUGGAGAUCGAGUGCUGUGCAGCCUCGUGUAUGGCGCCUGUGGUGAGUGUGCUGAUUGCAGCGCUCCUGAGGGCUACCGGCAAUAUUGUUCGCAAAAGGCCUUUCUUGGGGUGACGCAAGAUGGUUUCUUUGCAGAAUACGCUCGAAUUGAUGCUCGUGAGUCUUGCCGUCUGCCUGACAGGCUGUCGUUCAUCUCCGCAGCGCCUCUGGCUUGUGCUGGAAUCACUGUCUGGCGUGGAGUGGUUCAGGCUCGCCUUAGGGAAGGUCAAUGGCUCGCGAUAAUGGGCGCAGGCGGCGGCCUUGGCCAUCUAGGCAUACAAUUUGCAAAAGCGCGAGGCUUGUCUGUUGUUGCUAUUGAUGCAAGGGACAAAGGGCUUGAGCUGUGUCGUUCUGCAGGCGCAGAUCUCGUCGUAGACGCAAGAUCUGGGCUUGAUAAAGUGGUCCAGGAGGUCCAUGAAGCCACAAAAGGUGCUGGCGGAGUCGAUGCUACCGUUAACGUUACAGACGCUCCAAAUGCUGCAGCCAUGUCCUGUGCAGUGACAAGGAUGCACGGUCGUGUCAUACAGAUCGCUCAGCCCGAUCAAGUUUCCGUCCCAUUUUUGGAAAUUAUCAUACGUGAUAUUCAUAUCGAAGGAUCGCUACUCGCUUCUCAAGGUCAAGCACAAGACAUGCUCCAGACGGUCGUUGACCACCGAAUUUCCGUCCAUACGAAUCCGUUUGUUGGAUUGGAAAAAGUCCCAAAGCUGCUUGAACUGGCUCACAGUGGAGAAAUGAAGGGCAAAGCUGUCGUGGUCGUAGACGAAGAGUCCGUUGAAAAGGAGGAGGGAAAGGACCUCAUUUAGACCGUGGUUGGAGUGUCCUGCAUGGCAGCCAAAGCUGUACAUUCCGGAGAAAGAUCAAUCCGCAUUUGAAUAUUCGUAUCUCCAGAUUAUUCAGUUCCUGCGCCCGGAAGAUAGUAGGGUAGUUUGGCGUUUGGCUUUCGACGCAGCACUAUAUCCACAUCACCCAGUGCCAGUUUGUUUCUUUUCCCUCUGCUUUUUGACCCACGCUAAGAAUAAUCCAACGUCCUUGACUACCGCACCGGGUACACCC